AGUUCGUAACUGCUGUGAACAGAUAAGAAUUGGAUUCAUUGUGAGAGGAAGUUUCCAAGAAGCUCGUCUCUACAAGACAACCACUUUCGAAUUGAUAUUCUGUUAGUUAAUUAGUUUCUCGCACCCUUAAAUACCUUCCCUUUGAACCUUUCAAUAUUGGGUCGCUUUUCAAUGACGACCUUCGCCUUUAGCCAAUUUCAACGUUUUAGUUUCUUAGGCAUUCAUUGAUUUCAUUUGUGCAUUCUACAAGGGUUUGAUUCGUUUUGUGCAUGAUGGUUUUUGUUAGAAGAUUUUAUCGAGCCUAUUGUUGGGUUGUUUGAAUGCUCUUCUGGGUGUUUCUUACUUUCAGUCAAUUUGGAUCAAUUCCACAUUGGGUCGAACUUUGGUUUUGAGAUUGCAAAUAAUAGCAAAUCCAUGAUACGUAUGCUGCUUUCAAGGAUGUGAGAUUGAUCUGAAGUGUCAAGUUUAUGAGAUAGGAUAUUCGAAUUUUGAAGUUGGGGUUUUUGGAUCAAGUUGUUAAUACCUAUCAGUUUGUUUAUUAGUUGGAAGCUUUAUUUUGGGGUAGUUGGAGAAAGUUAUGGAACUAGCUCAGCAUAGAGUAAUGGAGAAUGGGGUAGCUGAGGAGAUGGAUGGUGAAACUUCGGCACGUGUGCCUCUCAGGGAGCACCGAAUUUACCCUAUGCAUCCUGCAGGAUUGGUGAAGAAGAGGGCUUAUAUAUUUGAUGGCAUGGGGAAUUUUUAUCAUAAGGAUUGGGACCUAGCAGACCUUUUUCAGAAAGAGAAUAAGGAAUGGGAUGUAGCAGAAGGUCAAGGGAACGAGUUCUCUUGGUAUCAUGUGGAACUACCAAAAGGAAAUCAAAAGUUAUCACAAUCUGCACAGGACUUGAUUGGUGUUCUCUGCCCGCCUUUGAAGCUUCAAGAUAUUCUUUCACUUGUUAGCAAUGGACCCUUUUGUGCUCAUGUAGAUGGGGCACUUGUCUUCCGGGUUAAUUCGCCUGGUCCUCCCUCCAGUGACUUCACAUUUAGGAUUGCUGCUAGAGUUACAGAACAUUCAGUGAUUACUGUGUCGUUGGGGCGUGUUCCCAGGUUAGGUUUCUCACGCAUGGGUGAAUCUCUACUUUCGGAGAUUCCUAGUGUUGAAAGCUCCUCCCAUACAAGAGGUCAGCAGCAGGAAAGAAAUGGGAUUGUGAUCAAGGAGCAUGUUCUUGAGUUCUUAUUGACUAUGAAUCACUCUGAGGAAGCUGACAACCCAGUGCCUAGAUCUGUCGCAAAUCUUGUAGUUCACAUAAUUGACACACAUGUAGAUCAACUUCAAGAUCUUGUGACAAAGCUUGAGAUGGAGUUGGACUCCGUGGAGCUUGACUUAGAUAAAGGUGGUUAUGCUCUGAAAAAACAAAUGCUAGACGACAGAAGAUUCCCCAAACUGCAUAUUAAUUUGCAACGUCUCCUGCAGGUGAUUGCCCAUGGAGAGCAAGUAUAUCUUAGAGUCAAAGAAAAAUGCUCUUCAAAAAGAUGGUUUGCCAAUGAAGAUGUUAACUCCCUUGAAGAACUAAUUGGAAGGUUAAGGAGGCUUAAGGAGAAUGUGGGGUUUAUAGUAAAUCGUGUCACAGCUAUUCAGGCUGGUCUUGACAGCUGGCAGUCAGAGCAAAUAAACAGGAAACUGUACUAUCUUUCUUUCCUUUCAAUAAUAUUCCUCCCUUUGUCCAUCAUAACAGGAGUCUUUGGCAUGAAUGUUGGUGGAGUUCCAUGGACAGGUCAAAACGCUCCAGAGCUAAAAGAUGGUUUUCGGAAUGUCAUGUUACUCUGUGUCUUCAUGCUACUUCUUGUACUACUAUGCUUCAUUUUCCCUGCUCUUUACACCCAAAUAACCGCUGCUUGGCGAAAUAAGAGAGCUCUGGGAAGAAACUGGUCACUGAACAGGAAGUCAUUGCUCAAGAGAUCAUUAAGAAUAGAUCAGGAGAGAGGGGGCUACCUUCGGAUUUAAUGGUUAAGAGGUGCCUAUUCCAGUUCAUGGCAUUGCCUGUUUCGUUCUAUGAAUGAACAUUCAAGUCAACUAACUGUCACUGGCUUCUGUUUUCAAGAGUGUCUCACUUACUCAAGCAAUUUUAUUAGCUUCUUUUCAAUGAUUCGGGCAGAAUAAACGUAAUAAACUGACAAUUAGUUGUCAGUAUAACAAGCAUCUGAGCCUAAAUGGAAUCUCAUGAAGCACAGAUUCUCUGGUAGACUAAAAUGGAGAUUGUGAUCAAUGCAAGCUUAUUGCUUAUUCUUUCAUUGUUUUCCCCCUUGGGGAAAGUGUAUCUGGAUCAAUCACGUUCGUUUUGGCAACUAUAGGUACAUUCAAACUUGUACAGUAUACUUUUCUUUUUCGGUUAGCAGCAGAUUUUUCGGUUUCCUAUGUUAUUAGUUGUCCCUAAUAGAUUGGAACUACUCUAGGUACUUUUAUUACUAUUUCCGUGCUCUGUUUUAAGCUUAAUAUAAUAGUUCACUUUCUUGACAAAUUCCUCUUUAUCUUGAGAACAAGUAUCCAACCACUUGAUAGAAAACAAGUCUCACGUUAGUUUGUUAG